AUGAUUCCAGAAGAACACAUGCACAGAAAAGCCUGGUACAGAGCAUGGCUGAUCCAAAGAGACGUCGACACAACGACUAAAAUGUGCUCAAAAUAUAUAUAUAUAUAUAUUUUUUCCUUACUGCUUUUAGGUCAAACUUUUCCAAAAACCGGUCAGACCGUUGUUGUCCAUUAUACCGGAACAUUAGACAAUGGACAGAUAUUUGAUUCAUCACGAGACCGAAAUAAGCCUUUUAAAUUUCAAAUAGGGAAAGGAGAAGUUAUUAGAGGAUGGGAUGAAGGAGUAGCUCAAAUGAGUUUAGGUCAAAGAGCAAAACUGAUCUGUUCUCCUGAUUAUGCAUAUGGUUCAGUUGGACAUCCAGGAAUUAUUCCACCAAAUGCAACUCUAACAUUUGAUGUCGAGCUUAUUAAGUUAGAAUAACUCAAUUCAACCUUUUGUGACAUCAGUUUUGAAUAUCAGCUACCUGUCUACUAAACUUUUUUUUUAUUUUAAAUUGCUUUUAAUUUGAUGUGAUUUAUAAAGGUUUUCACAUCUUUUACUGAUUUUUUAAAAAUUUUAUUGUACUUGUACAGAAAGCAUUUAAUAUUUUUACUUUAAGAAAUUUAACUAUUGCUAUAUACUAAAAUUACAUAUUGAUACAUCAAAAUUCCUUUGUUUUGAAAUAUAUAUUUAAUUAUUUCCAACAACUUAUAAAGGUAACCAAAAAUUUUUUAUUGUCUAUAUUCAUAAAUUAUUAACAACAUUUAUUUAUAUUAUUAUAAU